GUAUCCACUAGUCCUUGCCGUGCUGACUCCUUAACAAUUCGUUUUAUUGCGAUAGCUGGCUGGCAAGUCAUUUCACAGAUUAUCUACCUAUUUUUAGCGAGACGACACUCAUAUUCCGCUGGUCGUCAGUUGGGAUUCUCAAAGCAGGGAUGAUGUCAUUUUGGAGUUUGAGACCAGUGUUGACGUCGCUGUUACAAGUUUCUCAGUCUGCCUCCAUGUGGACCGCACCUAUCCUAUCUAGAACCAUGGCCACCUUGAAUCAGAUGCACCGUCAAGGGAAGCCUCCACCUCGUCCUAAACGUGUCAGUGCCAUGUGUGGCCGGCCCCAGAUGAAGGCAGUCGUUCUGAAGACCAUGAUCCGCAAACCCAAGAAACCCAACUCGGCGAACCGUAAAUGUGCCCGUGUGCGCCUGUCCAAUGGAAAGGAGGUAGUAGUCUAUAUUCCAGGGGAGGGACACAACCUCCAGGAACAUAAUGUGGUGCUGGUGCAGGGUGGCAAGACGCAGGACCUGCCCGGGGUCAAACUGACUGUCGUCCGAGGCAAAUACGACUGUGCUCACGUGGUGAAGAAGAAGCAGUAGUCUUGUGCCAGUGGGGUGAGGUGAUUAGCAGAUGAUGUAUAUAUGUGUGUAUGCUUUAAUCCAUAAAUAUUAUCUUAAUUCCAUUCUCAUGAGUGUACAUUGUAAAUCUUUCAAAGUAAUUGUGGAAAUUUUAAAGUUGUUUGAAUGCUAUGAUGGGUCUUUCAAAUUAUGUAUAUCAUUGUUCCAGACUUUGGUAAUUGGAGCAAUUGCUACUAUUACUCUUUAUGAUAAAAUACAACUUUUGACAAAUAUACCAGUCUUUUCACAGAAAGUUGAAUCAGUUCAUCUGGACACUACAUUUAUUGAGAGAAACGUUUCAUCACUCAUCUAAGUGACCUCUUCAGUCUCAACUGACUGCAGCUCAAUCCUACCUGCAGUCAGUGAUUUCUCUGUGAUUUCCUUGCCUGGAUUAUUGAGCAUACAUCAAUACAUACUAGUCUUUUGGCAAAUAUACCAGUUUCCUCUGCAAUACAAAUGCCUGAAUAAACUAAGUCAAACCUGCUCUGAUGUUUACAGUGCAUAAGUACAGCACAUGUGAACAUAUUGAACCCGCAGGCCAUGGCAGGCAUUCAUGUAAAAUUGUUAGUUGGUCUUUCCAACCCAAAAAUAACUUGUAGCACCUGUCACAUUGGUUCAGUUUUUUUGUAAUGCUGCUAACAAGGAACAAAGUUUUCAGUAUGUUUGAAAACAUCACUGCGUUGGUGCAGCUAACUAGCCCACCUUGCCAUUGUGUUAAAAUAGAACGGUUCUUGGUCAAAUUAAUAUUAUUCUUAGAGCUACAAUCCUUAACAUUGACAUGCAAACAAAUGUCCCUUUUGAUACUUUCCAUCGAUGGUGAACUUAGAAUAAUAGCUAAUUCUCAAAUAUCCAAAUCAUGAAUCCUUUUUUAAUUCUGCAUUUUAGUAGUUGUUGUUGUGUGGGACUAUCAAAUCCUCAGCCAAAUUUGUAAAAAUUUCACAACAAUCUUUAAACGACAAUUAAUUUGUAAAUUGACAGAAUGCAAGAGAUGACUUGAAAAGAAAUGCUCUCCUUUUUCCAACUACUAUUCCUUGUGUUUGUAAUGUCAUUUUUUUAUUUUUAGAUCUUUCUUAGCAUCAUGUAUCUAUAUAAAGGUGGUACCAGCUAGCACCAGUCUUUACUCAGAUUCAUCCCAAGUUUUUUUAUUUUUUCAUAACAGUAAGCUGUCCUGUACUAUUAUAUUUUCUUAGGCGCUAACAGUAUUAACUGAAGAGUCACUGACUCUCAAAUUUCAGUUUAGGUAAACUGCCAUUUGUCAUACCAGGCACAUAUGUAAGAACAGUUUUAGUUGGUUAAAGUUGUUUUAUGAUCCAAAAUUAAUUCCUCUUACCAACACCUUGCGAGAACAAAUUCAAGAGAAAUGGAAGGGGAAGUUCUUGCAUUAGGGCUGUUGUCUCAAAGCAUUGCUGUUAAAGGGCCUCCUAGACUCAGUCAAGAUUAAGAAGACAUCGGAAUCAAAAAGAGGAACAGAGGAAAGAUGGAGCAUCGCCUUGUUUGACCUGAGGGAGAAGAGGCCAUUCCUGUAUAGGAGAAGAUGAAAUCUUUUCCCUUAAACCAAAAAGUCCAAGUUGCUGCUCGUACCAACUUGUGAAUGAUCCUAUUUAUGUUACAGAUAGAGGCUAUUUUAUUAUGCCUUCAAAUGUUACAGUAAUGAACUAGGUGAACUGUUUAGACUAAUCAGCUACUAGGAUUGGCCAGACUAAACCCCAAAGCCUCGUUUCUGCUGGGAGGUCAUUAUUAUUAUUACUCUAUUAUUAAACUCUAAUGUAAUUUACCUGAAUGAAAUGAGAGGAUGCAUGAAUGAAUGAAACUGACAAGUAAAUCAAUUUGAA